AUGGUACCCUUCGUGAGCCUGAGUGAUAGUCCACCUGAUAUGGUAAAUCAUGAUGCACCUAGCCAUGAUCCAGUAGUAUGGACAAUUCCGACUGUAGAAAAUGUCAUUGAGGAGAAGUUCAAGAAGGCAUCUCAUGAAGUGGAUGUGCUGAAAGAUCAUUUGGCCCUGCGGAGGGAUUUGGUCAGACAAGCUCAAGCAAAUAAUGAAGAGUUUAAAUUGAAGAUGCUGACCCUGGAGAAAGAGCUGGAUGAAGAGAGAGGAGAGAAGAAAGCAAUCAGUUCAGAUCUGACUCGGCAGUAUAAGACACUGCAGGCAGACAUGGUGUUAAGAAUUCACAAGCUGCAGACUGAAGUCAGUCAUCUACAACAACAGCUUGAAUCAUGUCGAGAGGAACUGAAGGCUACACAGGGUGAAAAGGAGCGACUUGUUCUGGAAAAAGAUGAAGUGAUUGCAGAGCUGCAGAACAAGAUUGACAACAUGGAGACUGACUAUGAAAGGAUUUUGCAUGAUGGCUUGGAUAAGUUGCAGUCUAAGAUAGCAGCAGCCAAACUACAGUGGGAACAACAAGCAACUACUAUACAUUUUGAACAAAAGCGCCUACUGUUGGAUUUUGGAUUGAACCCUCUGGAUAUAUAAUGUCUAGUGAACAUUUCAGAGAUGGACUUUUAGACAGGGUAAUGGAGGACAUGUUUUUAAUAGUGGUGUGUCAACUUCAAUCAAAACAGUGAUUGUUGCACUAACAUGGUUAACAGCAGAUGAAAAGAGGCUUGUCUGGGAGAAAAAAAAGGACACAAAUAAAUGGUACAUGUGAAAGGAUGA